UACGCGCACGUAUUUUCUAUGAUUUCAUGUGCGUUAUGUCGCUUUGGUGGCGGCAGAGAUGAAGCGCGUUCAUCCCGACGCGUCGCGCAGCACCACUUCUCCGCACAGUUUCGCACGGAUGAUGUGGUACACCGGCGUGGCCAUCGCCUCCGUUUACGGGGCCAUCAGCGUUUUGGGAUUAAUUGGCAACAUCACGCUCAUCAAGACGUUUUGCUCGGCCAAAUCCAUCCGCAAUGUUCCCAAUCUGUUCAUGUCGAGCCUUGCGCUGGGGGAUGUUUUGCUGCUGGUGACCUGCGCUCCGGUGGAUGCCAGCCGCUACCUUUCAGAGGAGUGGCUGUUCGGUAGAGUGGGCUGUAAGGUCAUCCCUUUCAUUCAGCUCACCUCUGUCGGGGUGUCCGUGUUCACCCUCACAGCCCUCUCUGCUGACAGGUACAGGGCAAUUGUGAAACCCCUACAUCUCCAAAAAUCGACCACCACUACCUGCAUUGUCCUGCAAGCGGCAUUCAUCUGGGUCUUCUCCCUGUUCUUGGCGAUCCCUGAGGCGGUGUAUUCGGACCUCCACACCUUCAAUGUGACCUCUACUAACGAGAGCUUUGUUACUUGUGCCCCUUACCCCCACGCUGGGAAACUGCACCCUCAGAUUCACUCCAUGGCCUCCUUCCUCAUUUUCUACGUCAUCCCCCUGUUGGUAAUAAGCGUGUACUACACCUUCAUCGCCCGCAGCCUUUUCAAGAGUGUGUCUAAUCUUCCCGUGGAGGGGAAUGUCCAUGCAAGACGACAGGUUGAAUCCAGGAAACGCUUGGCCAAGACGGUUCUGGUGUUUGUUGGUCUGUUUGCUGUGUGCUGGCUGCCCAGUCACAUCAUCUACUUGUACCGCUCCUAUCACUACUCCCAAGUGGACACGUCUUUGGGUCACUUUGUAUGCAGUGUUGUUGCUCGGAUUCUGGCUUUCACCAACUCCUGCAUCAACCCAUUUGCUCUUUACCUGCUGAGCAAGACCUUCAAGAAGCAGUUCAACCAGCAGCUGUGUUGCUGCUGUCGAUUCAUGCUCAAACGCUCCCAGCAGAGCCCAACACAUUAUAACACACGCAUGACUUCGAUUCACAGCACACGCCACUCUGUGGCAAGUCUGACCAUGAUCAAUGGCAGGCAACUCCAUCAGGAGGACUACGUGUAACAGUGUUUGUGAUAUAUAUUUUAAUCUGAUUCUCCACAUACUGCGGUAAAAAUGCCGAAAAUCAAGGCUUCAGAAACACAGUACAGAGAUAUGUGGUAAUGUCUUUGUUUGAAAUGUUAAGUAUUGACUGUUGGUGGUGCCUGUGGAAUAACGUUUUUGCAAUAGUUUUUGCAUUUAUUCCUAUUCUUUUUAUUAGGGCUGGACGAUAUAGAAAAAAAGCACAUUGAAAAAAAAAAUGUGUAUUGAUCGAUAUUGAUAA